AUGGCAGAGUAUAUUAACGGCUAUACUAUAGCCUAUAUUCUUAUUAGGCGAUAUUAUUUAGAGGAUAAUAUAAGUAAAAGAGGUAUAGAGGGGGAUAAUAAAAUUAAGAGACUAGUAGUUUGGCCCCCCUAUCUGCGUCUAGGACCUACCCCCGCGUAUAUCCCUGCAUGGCUAUUAGUCCGUGCCCCUGACCCCGAGAUGGUAGUUUGGCCUAAACUACCGCUGGCCUCCCGGUUAGGCCUUCGAUUGGCCGGCAAGGUCUCGUCCUAUCUGGCCUCUACUGACGGAGCUCCUCUACUGGGCCUCCUUACCCCUUAUUCGGUGUGGCUCGGCCCGCAGGUGGCUCCUCUAGCUUGCCGCCUUGGGGACUAG